AUGUUCGGACGGGCGUCGGACUCGGCGCGAACGGUCGCGGACGCGGUGACGCGCGCGCCGAGCGCGAGCGCGAGCGACGGCGUCGCGGCGGCGUGGACGCGGGCGAGGGAGACGGCGACCAAGGCGCUGGGCGGGACGACGACGCCGACGACGCUGGGAGGCGCGAGAGCGACGACAGAGCGCGCCGCGAGGGCGACGAGCGCGAGAUCGACGACGAUGAUGCCGAAGAUCGGGCUGCGAGGGUACUUCAUCGCGGGCGCGGUGACGGGAUGCGCGGUGGCGUACGCGCUCGGGCCGGAGCGGUGUAAACGCGCGGCGAGGCGGUGCGUCGACAAGUGCGAGGACGCGAUGAAGCGAGCGAUGGCGAUCGUCGCGGACGCGUUCGAGCGGGUGUUUUCCGACGACGUCAGGGCGGCGAUGGAGGACGCGAUCUCGCGAUGCAGGGACGCGAUCGGGGGCGUCGGUCCGAAGCUCGCGCCGAUGUUGAAAUCGAGCACGGAGAAUUUGCACGCGCUGUUGGAGACGAGCGUGGAGCGCACGACGGCGUACACGGGCAAAAUGACCGCCUUUGUCGGCGAUUUCAGCGAGAAGUACGUCGCCGUCGCCGCGUCCGCCAUCAAGGCGCGCGCGAUCGACGGUUACGCCGUCGCUCGAGUCGGUUUCAGAGACGUCGUCGACAAAUCCUUCGUCGGUUUCGACGCCGCGCGUCGUCGCGCGCGAGAAUUCCUCGCCACCGUCGUCGACGCCAUCAAACCCUCCAAAUCCCGUUAA